UUUGAAAAUGCCCACCGAACUAGAAGAGCUCGUCGAAUUUCUCCACCACGGCAACACGCAGAUUCGACAAGCUGCCGCUGAGCACCUUGUCGGAUACUCGCAAGCUGAUGUCCCCCUCUUCAAGCGCAAUCAGCUAGAGCCUGUCAAGGACCUCAAGCUGCUAGUCAAGGACUAUGCGCCCAUCGCGAAGAACGCCCUCACGAUCCUCAUCAACAUCUCGGCAGACCUCGAAGUCUUGAAGGACAUCUCGAAGGACGAUGCGUUCCUCGAACUAUUGCUGUCACGGAUAACAAACAAGAAGGAGCCAAAUGCGAACGAGAUCGCCAUGCUCCUCGCCAAUAUGGCAAAGGACGACUCGCUCCAAAGAGUACUCGAGCUGAAGCGCGAUGUACCGAAGGAGCUCUCGACCUCGAAAUGGGCCAUGGACCAGCUGAUGGACUGCUUUGUCAAGGGCGCCGAGGGAGCGUACAACAAGAAUGCUGACUUCGACUACCUAUCGUACUUCUUCGCUGAUCUAGCCAAGUUCGAGAAAGGCCGCGAGUACCUCACGACGUCCCAAGAGCACGACAGCAACAUCAUCCCAAUCACCAAAAUCCAAGUCUUCACAGAUCACAAAUCGCACAUUCGCCGCCUCGGUGUAGCAUCCACAAUCAAGAACGCAGCCUUCCGCGUUCCAGCGCAUCCAGUACUGUUGUCGAACCUACCAGAAGAUCCCACCCUGCCUGCGCCAGGCAUUGGCGCGAACCUGCUUCCGUAUAUUCUGUUGCCGUUGAUGGGACCAGAAGAGUACUCGGAUGAGGAUACGGAGGGUAUGUUGGAUGAGUUGCAGUUGCUUGAGCCGGACAAGGAGCGCGAGAGCGACAACGAGAUCAUUAAGAGUCAUUUGGAAACCCUUCUCCUUCUCACCACAACGUCCGAGGGGCGAGAAGUGCUGAGAAGAGUAAAAGUGUACCCCAUCGUUCGGGAAUGCCAUCUCCACAUUGAAAACGAGGAAGUUCGAGAAGCAUGCGAUCGUGUUGUCCAGAUUGUUAUGCGCAAAGAAGAGGGCGAGGAGGAGGAUGUGCCUGAUAUGAGUGCGGCGGGUGGGAGCGCGGGGAAAUUGGUGGAGUUGAAGGAUGACGAAAAUGAGGAGGACCAGCUUAUCGAAGUGUUGUAGAUGCUGAGUUGUGGAAAGU